ACUUGAGUUCAGUUUUUUUCAAUUGAACCAAUUCGUCUUGUUAAAAGACACAUCCUAUUCCUAAAAUUCUUAUCUUUAUUAUUUGUAUGUACUUAAACUUAUUAGAAUAUUAAAAUAUGAAAUAAGCUUGGAGAUUAUUGGAAUGUCUUUUAUAUUAAACCAAUAAUAAUGAAUAUUCAUCGCCCGCGUGGAACUUUAGCUAGAGCUAUAUUUGAAAAAGUUCACAAUGAUCAGUAUCUUGAUGAAUACGAUACACGAUUGUGGUACCGAUUAGUACACAAACUUCCAGACAACUUUCAAUCAAAAUUCGUGCCUCUCGAUCAACCAGAUGAUACUACUGUUGAUUGGCUUGAAAAAGCUAAAGAACUGUCUGCCAAUAUUUGGAUACAACUAUGGCACACUCUAGCAAGAACAAUUUUACAGUUCUUUAUGACUCAAACUGAUAUUAAUGGAUUUCUGAAGCGUGGCUCGAUGUUUAUUUUAUCGGACAACCAGUUUGAAAAACUUCUAAAAGCAGGAAAUUUUGAUAUCCAAAAUUUUCUCUCAGAUGGAUAUCAAACUGUUGAUAUUCUGGAUAUAGGAGCUGGUGAUGGAGAAAUUUCAGUGCGUUUAAUUGAUUCUGUGAUAAAACUUAACAAAGAUGCCAAAGUACGAGUAUACGCAACAGAAACAAGCUGGACAAUGCGCGAAAGACUGGAAAAACGAAAUUUCACAAUCAUCGAUAAAAUAACCAACAUUCAAAAUGUUCCCCUUGUUGCUUGUUUAAACGUAUUGGACAGAUGCAUCGAUCCUUAUGAACUGUUACAAGAUAUCUACAACGUUCUAGCUCCAAAUGGACGAGUAGUAAUAGCCCUAGUAUUGCCAUAUGUUCAUUAUGUUGAAUUCAAUACCUCGCAUUUGCCAAUACGACCACUCAUGGCACAUUGGCCAGACAAAGCUAAGCAGUUCUCAUUCGAAGCUGAAGCAAUGAUGUUCUUUGAGAUGCUAGAGAACUUUGGCUUUAAGGUAGAAUCGUGGACUAAGGCACCAUAUUUGUGUGAAGGAGAUCUUAGGCAGUCUUUUUACUGGCUAAUUGAUCUCGUUGUUGUUCUGUCAAAGAAAUAACUUUUUAAACUACAAUUUUCUACCUCUUUUUAUCUUAUUCUGGUUUGUAAAUUUGUCUGUUUUUUGACUAUGUAUUUAUUUUGAGAUAAAAUCCUAUAUACAUUUAGGUUCAGACUUAAGUAGAAUUAAUUUAAAACAAAUAUAGUCAUAAAUUUCAGCUUCAAUAAAUUUUAUCAAAUAAAUGUAAUAUUUGCAAGAAA